AUGUGGAUUGCGAAGCUUGUGGACUGUGUGGACUCCUUUCCGAGCUUCGCCAGUCGCGGCUUCUGCGCAGUGGCGACGGAUCGGGACGAUUCCAUCCUUAGAGCCGCCAAAGUCCAAGCUCAAACGUUGCUGCGAAAGCUUUGGGAAGUAACCUUGAAUGCUGGGACUGUCCUUUCAAUCCAGGCCAGCCUGCAGUUCAAGCCAGGUGACAAGGUCAAACCAGCAGCGCCAGAGAGAGACGGCAUUGUUGAAGUGCCUCUGACAGCGAACGUCGAGGUGCGUGCGAACCAUUGGUCGCUGUACAUCACAACCGCCGCAAGGCGGCUCUCGCAGAAUUUCGGACGGGAGCAACUCCUAGGCUGCGAUGUUGCCAUCGCAUGCGAUUUGCCUCCUGCCUCAGGCAUGAGCACCUCAUCAGCUCUGAUCUGCGCAAUCUUCAUGGUCCUGGAUGCCCGCAAUAAGCUGCGCCAGCGGCCAGAGUUCCGGGCGGCGCUGCCAACGGACGAGGUUUUCUAUGAAUACCUUGGCUGCAUUGAGAAUGGUCAGUCAUGCGGUGACCUGGCAGGGGAUCGAGGUGUGGGAACCUUUGGAGGCAGUGAGGACCACACCGCCAUCAUGUCUUCCCAAAGGGACAUGCUGAAGGUCUUCUCCUACAAGCCCACAAGGCUAGAGCGUGUGAUCAAGAUGCCUCAGCAUCUUAUCUUUGUCGUUGCAUCCAGUGGACUUCUGGCAGAAAAGACAGGGGACAAGAUGGAAAGCUACAACGACGCGGCAACGCUGGCCCUCACCGCUGGCAAAGCUGUCGCAAAAGCUGAAGGCUGGAACGAGGACUGCUCAGAUCUGGCCACCUGUAUCCAGCGCUGCGGUGGCGGACAGCGUGCAUGCGAUCAUAUAGCGGCCGUUCUUCGUUCCCAGCCGGCAGGAGGGGCGCUGGAGACGCGCUUUAAGCAGUUCUUCACUGAGAAUGAGGAAUGUGUGCCAGGGGUUGCAGAGGCCUUCGCUGCAGCGGAUGAGAGGGGCCUAGGAGAUUUGGUCGAUAAGUCUCAGAGUGCUGGGGAUUCCGGCUUGAGGAACCUCGUGCCUGAAACGCGCUGGCUGCCAGCAGAAGCGCGGAGGCAGGGAGCCGUCGCAGCCUCGGCCUUCGGCGCAGGCUUCGGCGGAAGCGUGUGGGCCCUGGUACAAUCCGCAUCCUCAAGCGACUUCAUCCGCGGGUGGAAGGAGGCAUACUUGAAGGAGUUCCCCGACAGAGCUUCGACAUGUGACUUCUUCGCAACGGCCCCGGGGCCCGGUGCUUGCGAAGUCACGGCAGAGAUCCUGGAGAAGGCCGCUGGAAAGCGGAAGCUUCAAGAAGCGCUUCGAGAAGCUGAGAGCAGAGUCCCAAAGCGGCCAUGA